CCGGGGGCCGCAGGAACCCUCUCGCUCGCCUCCCAACCUCGAAAGCUCGGCCAGGGGAACCUCCGCCGGUGGCCGGGUUCCCAGGCCCCGCUAAACAUUUAUCAUUUUGGAGUUUAAAGUAUGUCAUCAUGGCAAAGUUUCGAAGAAGGACUUGCAUCAUUUUGUCACUUUUUAUUCUAUUUAUUUUUUCUGUGAUGAUGGGUUUAAAAAUGUUGAGACCAAAUAAAGGUAUUUUUGGAGCUCCUUUUGGACUUGAUCUUCUUCCAGAAGUUCGUCAACAAAUUCCUCGCUUGGGGAAAAUUUUUGAUUCCGAAUUGAGUGACACAAUCAACAGUGAAACAGAUACCAAGAAUUUAAAAAAUGUUGAAUUUACUGUGAAACCUCCCAAAGCAUCUGAACCUUACCUGGAAGAACUGCCACCUCUGAAUUAUUAUUUACAUGUAUUUUAUUACAGUUGGUAUGGAAAUCCACAAUUUGAUGGUAAAUACAUACAUUGGAACCAUUCAAUGCUGAAGCAUUGGGACCCUAGAAUAGACAAGAAUUAUCCACAAGGGAAACACAAACCUCCUGAUGAUAUUGGCUCCAGCUUUUACCCUGAGUUGGGAACUUACAGCUCUCGGGAUCCUUCUGUCAUCGAAACUCACAUGAAACAAAUAUACUCAGCUUCAAUUGGUGUAUUAGCCCUUUCUUGGUACCCACCUGAUUUACAUGAUGAGAAUGGAGUAUCUACUGAUGACUUGGUACCAACUAUUUUGGAUAAAGCUCAUAAAUACAAUCUAAAGGUCGCUUUUCACAUUGAACCAUAUAGCAAUCGAGAUGUUCAAAACAUGUACCGAAAUGUCAAAUACAUUAUAGACAAAUAUGGAAAUCAUCCGGCCUUUUACAGGUACAAGACUAAGACCGGCAAUUCUCUUCCUAUGUUUUAUGUCUAUGAUUCCUAUAUUACAGAGCCUGAACAAUGGGCCAAUCUGUUAACCACCUCAGGGUCUCAGAGCAUUCGCAACUCUCCUUAUGAUGCAUUGUUUAUUGCACUUCUAGUAGAAGACAAGCAUAAAUAUGAUAUCCUUCAAAGUGGUUUUAAUGGAAUUUACACGUAUUUUGCCACAAAUGGCUUUACUUAUGGCUCAUCAUAUGAGAAUUGGGCUAAAAUAAAAUUAUUUUGUGAUCACUUCCAACUACUAUUUAUCCCAAGUGUGGGCCCAGGAUACAUAGAUACCAGCAUCCGUCCAUGGAACACUCAAAACACUCGGAACCGAAUCAAUGGGAAGUAUUAUGAAACUGCUCUGAAUUUGGCACUCCAAGCUCACCCUAGUGUAAUUUCUAUCACCUCUUUCAAUGAGUGGCAUGAAGGAACUCAGAUUGAAAAAGCUGUGCCCAAACGAACCAGUAAAAGAGUAUACCUGGAUUACCGGCCUCAUAAACCAAGUCUUUAUCUGGAACUAACUCGCAAGUGGUCUGAAAAAUACAGUAAGGAAAGAUCAACUUACGCAUUAGAGCACCAGCUGCCUGUUUCUUAAUGCACUAUUUAACGUUUAAUAAUUAUAGAAAACACCUAAUUUCAGUAAAUGCCUAUUGUUUUGAGUUACGGAAAGAAAACUGUCAAAAUCAAUAUGCAUUGUUACUAUUAUCUUUUAUAAAAGUAAUUUGUACUUUUUUAAAGGUAGUAAUGUUAUCAUCGCCACCGUUCACAAUGCUGUACUGAGAAAAUGCCUGAGAGAAAAUUGUGCAAAAACAUUCCCUGUGCCAUCAUCUGCUAAAUUUCUGACUAAAAUUGAAAUCCUGCUUUUAUAGCAGUUUAAUUUUUAUUUUACAAUAGAUAAAUGCUUAUUACAUAAAAUAAUUAGCACACAGUUCUUUCUAUCCUACUGUAUUCUGGGCCCAAAGAAAUAGGAUUAUGUAUUUGUUAAUGUACUUGUUUCAUCUGUAUGUUUUUUCAAUGAUUCAAUAAAUUUUAUGGUAUUAGUGUUUAGA